AUGCCCGUCCGCCUCGCCAGGGCAGGGGACAUCCCUAUCAUGGCGUCCGUCCUCGCCGCGGCGUUCGGGCCCGACAAACUCUUCCGCGUGCUCUUCCCCCACCAGCAGGAGCAUCCGGGGGACUUUGAACGCGCGUUGCGCGAGAGUCUCUGGCUCUCGUGGUACGACUUUCGGAAAGUGUUGAUGGUGUCCUACUCGUACUCGUCUGGGGAUGCUCCGGGCCAGAAGGACGAAGGCAGCUUGUCGACAGGGGAGGAGAAGACGUCACUACUUCGAUCGCCCGGCGGCGAGACGAUCACAGGGAUGGCGGAGUGGGAGCGUGUUGUUCACGGGACAGCGAGAGCAGGGUUCGGGGCUUGCCACGUGAAUGGAUUCUUGGGCUGGUGGGAUCCGCGUCGGCUUAUGAAGCCUCUUCUGUCCCUGUUCUACCGCGUGCGGAGGUUUUUCGUGCCCAACAAGGCGGCCAAGCGGCCCACAAAGGCGGACCCCCAGGAGCUGACGUACUGGAUGCUCGGACCUAUGGUUUUCCGCUGGGGGAAGCAGUUCAUGGCCGGCGCGCACAGGGAGAGGCAUUGGUCGCUAGAGAUCCUGGGGGUGGACCCGCGGUACCAUGGACGGGGUUACGGUCGUGAAUUGGUCAAGCAGGGGCUCGAGAUGGCGAGGUCAGACCCCGAGGGAGAUUUGCCCGCUUGUGUGAUGGCCGCGGAUGGGAAGGAGGGGUUCUAUCAGAAGGUCGGGUUUAAGCAACUUGUUGGGUAUCUGUCCCAGGCGGAGGAUGAUGAAGGGGGGGAGAAUCCGUUUCGGAGGAAUGGCGUUGGUGGCGGCGCCGUGUUGUGGACGAGGUAG